AGAGAGCGUGUGCUAGCGUUUGAAAAGCGCGGCGAAAACAGGGCCAAUAAUGGCGUCCAAAUCGUAGGUUGUCGGGACUCUAUCAAGGGACUCUACUACUCAACUCGAGAAGCGGCAAAGCGCUGUGACAUCAAGAUCAAGGAGCGCGCCGGAGGGGAGGGAUGUGCGUGUGUGGCUCCGGACUUUGGAGGACUUUUCUGGUGGACCUGCAGCCUGCGGGGAGGACCUGAGGUACUUGAGGCUUGCCGCGAGACCAGCCAACUGCAGUGGGUGUGCUGGCAGGAGGCUGCAGGGUUGGACAGCAGGUGUGCUGGCAGGAAGCUGCAGGGCUGGACAGCAGGUGUGCUGGCAGGAGGCUGCAUGGAUGGACACCAGGUGUGCUGGCAGGAGGCUGCAGGGCUGGACAGGAGCAUGAGUGGCCAGGACAAGCAGGAGCAGACUGCUGCAGGGGGCAGGAGGGUCAGAGGUCAUCAGAUGAAGCAACUUGCUGCUGGCAACUCCAGGAACAAAGGAGAGAGGAAGUUUGUGUGUCUGGAGUGUGGAAAAGAAUUCACCACAAGGGGAGGCCUGAAAUAUCACACCCUUACACACACUGGUGUGAAGAACUAUGAAUGUAAGGAAUGUGGGAAAAAAUUCAUCCGGAAAGGUACACUUGAUACACACACCUUUACACACACAGGUGUAAAGAACUAUGAAUGUAAGGAAUGUGGGAAAAAAUUUAUCCAGAAGGGUACCCUUGAUACACACACCCUUACACACACUGGUGUAAAGAACUAUGAAUGUAAUGAAUGUGGGAAAAAAUUCAUCAAGAAGGAUACCCUUAAUAAACACACCCUUACUCACACUGGUGUAAAGAACUAUGAAUGUAAGGAAUGUGGGAAAAAAUUUAUCAAGAAAGGUACCCUUGAUACACACAUCCUUACACACACUGGUGUAAAGAACUAUGAAUGUAAGGAAUGUGGGAGAAAAUUCAGCUUGAAGAGUUACCUUGAUAGACACACUCUUAGACACACUGGUGUAAAGAACUAUGAAUGUAAGGAAUGUGGGAAAAAAUUUACUGCGAAAAGUACCCUUGAUACACACACCUUUUUACACACUGGUGUAAAGAAAUAUGAAUGUAAGGAAUGUGGGAAAAAAUUCAGCAUGAGGAGUUACCUAGAUCGACACACUCUUAGACACAUUGGUGUAAAAAACUAUGAAUGUAAGGAAUGUGGGAAAAAAUUUACUGAGAAAGGUGCCCUUGAUAAACACACCCUUACACACACAGGUGUAAAGAGCCAUGAGUGUGAAGAGUGCGGGAGAAGGUUCAGUGUGAAGCAGGCACUCAAUCGACAUGUCUUCAGGCACUAUGGCCUUAGAGAGUUCAAGUGUGAUGUUUGUGGCAAGCUCUUUAAGACAAAGAGAGACAUUGCCAGGCACAUGAAGACCCACUUCUGAAGUGUGUCUGCCUACACUAGGUAUAUAAGAUGACAAGUUGUGUCUAACACUGCUGCUGUAUGGCAUCAAAGUUGACUCAUGACCGGCCAGCAAACUUAUUUACAAGCUGGACCACACGUCUUUGAAUGAAGGCUCUCCUUUGCUGCGUGGCCACAGUCACUUUGCUGUCAAAUCCACCCUCAUGAGGAGAUGCCUGCACUCCUACUCUUGCAGGGACAGCACCAAGGUAAAAGUUUUUGCAGUCUCUGGAUGCUGAUGAUGCUCUUUUCAUUUUUGCAGUCAGGAUCUUCUGUUCCUUUUAAUAAUGUUGGUUGUAUGUCAUAUCUUGCUGAGCUACGCUCCUGAGGAGUAAGGAGGAGCGGGCGAGACUGAUUCUCAGGACAAAGUGUACAUAAAAACAAAGCUCAGUGCACAGUGAAGUAUUAAGUGUGGAUAGUGAAGUAACUGAGUGUGAAGGAGAAGCAAUAAGGACCCAAGAAGGGAUGCAAAGCAGAACAGGUCAAAAGAAGUAGAAGAGAACCCAUGACCUGACCAGUCCCCCAAAACACUGACAAAGAAAAACUGGAAUGUGAGAACGUGGAAAAAUGUGAUAGAUAAAUCAGUGAAAGAGGAGGAACUGUACGAGUGGAAGAGUGAUGUGGAGAGAAAGUGUGGACUGGUAUUAUGAGGAGAAAGGGGCCCCAAACUGUGAUGAGUGGCAGGAGGGAGGCCUGGAGCUGCUGUUACAAAGGCCUGACUUGUGAGAAAUCUCAAGUCACCUGUGACAUCAAGAUACGAUCACUGACUCCCUACAUCAGGUGUGCUGGCAGGAGGCUGCAGGGCUGGACAGCAGGUGUGCUGGCAGGAAGCUGCAGGGCUGGACAGCAGGUGUGCUGGCAGGAGGCUGCAGGGCUGGACAGCAAGUGUGCUGGCAGGAGGCUACAGGGUUGAACAGCGGCAUGAAUGGCCAGGAUAAGCAAGAGCAGACUGCUGCAGGGGGCAGGAGGGUCAGUGGUCAUCAGAUGAAGCAACUUGCUGCUGGCAACUCCAGCAACAAAGGAGAGAGGAAGUUUGUGUGUCUGGAGUGUGGAAAAGAAUUCACCACAAGGGGAUGCUUUGACCAUCUUGGCACAACUUACAUAUGUAGUGCGGCGACGGCCUGAUGAGCAGGCCUCCCAUAACCCACUUAACCAGUGGGGUACCUCUUUGGCUGACUCGGUAAGGAGUGGCUCUCCCGUCACGCUGGUCGCGGGUUCAAUCCCAGGCAGCCGUUGAAUACCCUAACUCUUGAUUAAUUUCUCAUGUUAUUUCGAUACACGCAGAGGCCGUGUUGAGAAAUAGGAAGGAUAGAAAAUAAGCUCGUCGGGGCAUUACAGUGGUGGCAUAGCGGUGGGCAUCCUCUCCUGUUCUGUUGAGCUUCCCCGAAGGGGUAACAGGUAGGAUGGCCCAUGCUCCGAGGGUAAUAGAAAAUGGGAGAGUUGGAGGUAUGUCUCAAAGGGACAUUGUGGAGUUAUGUCUCAAAGGGACAUUGUCAACACACAGAAAUUAAUCUACAUAGGGGGGAAAGCCGUGUAGUGCGGCGACGGCCUGAUGAACGAGCCUCCCAUAACCCACUUAACCAGUGGGGUACCUCUUUGGCUGACUCGGUAAGGAGUGGCUCUCCCGUCACGCUGGUCGCGGGUUCAAUCCCAGGCAGCCGUUGAAUACCCUAACUCUUGAUUAAUUUCUCGUGUUAUUUCAAUACACGCAGAGGCCGUGUUGAGAAAUAGGAAGGAUAGAAAAUAAGCUCGUCGGGGCAUUACACAUACAGCUUCAUGGACCAAAUGAUGACCCUUUGUGUUGUACUCUGGCAUUCCAGAAAAAUAACAAUCACAUUUUCA